CCGAAAGGAACUUGUUUCCGGAUGUAUAAAUGACUCACGGAGGCUCUCCUCAACUACAACAUGGAUUCUAACCAGAACCACCACAAGGAGUUUGAGCCUUUUAUUGAACAAAUUCCGAAUAAUGUGCAAAAACAACGCAGAAACAAAAUUCUUAAGAACCCCAAAAUCUGGAUAAGCCUUGUAUUUUUAUUGUUCGUUUUUGUAACAAUUAUCAGCGUGGUACUCUAUUCAAAUGUUUAUAGUGAUGAAGAUGAACAAAAUUUGAUGAACCUUUCAUUGGACAGCAAAUGCAGUUACCUAGGCUAUGUCAAUGUGACAGACCAUUGUCUCUGGGAUUCCUGGAUUAAGAACGAAACAUUGUUUCAAGAAAGGAUUGCAAGUGUAUAUUCAAUGUCUCCAUUUUUGAAUUACUUCUUUAUUGCUGCCAAAGUCAAUUAUAGUUCAGAUGAUGAGGAUAAGUUUGCAGUCAUUCAUCUGGAUUUUGCACAGCCCUCACUGAAGUAUCUAAUAAGUACAGAGCUUGUGGAAGGAGUCUUGAGGCAAGAUAUGUAUGAUCUAGGAAAGUCUGAAUGUCAAGACUCACAGAUUUUAAAGGAUUCAUUGCAAAUCUCAGUAAUGAGUAUGUAAACAGAAGGCACCCAACUGCAUCAGUUCAGUAUCCUGCACAAUAUGGACCUGUUUUUAAAAAGUAAACUCUACAUUAAUGCGAAUCCAUCCAUGUUUUUCACUAGUUUAAACAGUUACGUAUAGUUAAACUAUUUAUCAGUUAUGAUAUUUUCUGAAUUAAGACCAAAACAGAAUUAAUUAUAAGCACUUUACAUUGGACAUAGUGAUUUUUAGCUGCCAGCAAGUGAUAGAACCACAGUACCCCAUUGUGACCUAAUUUUCACCAUUUAUAUGUAGGAUGUAGCUUUAUGCUGGAUGUUUAGUUGCGAUGUAUUUGUAUGUUGACUAUUUAUUGACUAUAUACUAUUAUAAAUAGUGAUAGCACUGAAUAAUUAGAAAACAUAAUUUUAUCUAAUAAAUGCAUAUUUUCACAAAGCAUGGGUUGUUCUUUUAA